AAAGGAAAUUCACUUCAGUUGCGAGCGAGCCAUAAGAAUGAACGGACAUCAUCUAUCUCAUAAAAAACAGCCAUAAGAAAAUUGUAUAACAACAAUUAAAAGAAAAAAACUAAAGAAUCGAUCUUUCUAACUAAAACUAAAUCUUGAUAAAUACUUAAAAUUAUAUCAAGCAAACUAUAGAUACGAUAACGCCACCACAAAAGCACUAUAUGUAGGCACACCGAUCGCCAAUGUCGAUGAAGAUCAUCAUUAUGAUAAUUAAUAAUUUGUUGUAGCAUGUGUGUAUGUUUAAUAUUGUGAAACCUAAAUGAUUAUUAAAGAGAAUACUACCGAAUAUUAGAAUUAUGAUUUAUUUUUAAAAAAAAUCUUUUAGUAUUAUUAGAUUAUAAAAAAAAAAAAAACAAAAAUAAAACUAAUUAUCAUCAUUACUUAAAUAUAGUACAUAAAAAGAUUUCAGUGAUAAACAAAUAUUCCUGUAGUAUGCACGAACGAUCUCUGAUUCUCUGCAAUCUUUUUGCACAAUAAACAAGUGUUUGUGGGUGUCAGUGUGAGUUCCUGCAAGUUGUCUGUUGAGAGACGUUUUGUAUAAAAUAAAUAUUUAUAUACUGAUCGUAAAAAAAAUAAAUAAUAAUACAUAUAUACUUUAUUUCCUUUUGCGCUAUAUUGUUGUUAUUUGUGUGAUAAGAAAAUCGAAGAAAAAGAACUUGUUUUUGCAACAAACAUUUGUUUUGUUUUCUCAUUUUUUUAUUUUAUCUCAUCGUCUAGGGCAAAGUGAAUAAGUAAAUGACUCUUGAUUUUAUUUGUUUAUAGUUUGAUCAGACUAAGAAAAUUGAGAAAAAUAACUUUUAAAUUUAAUAGAACUAUUAUUAAAGUUUUUAAUAAAACUAAACAACAAUUUUAAAACAGAUCUUUAAAUACAUAAAUUUUGAUAAAUAAUAACCAAAGAAAAUCAUAUGUAAUUCCAAAGAUUAAUUAUUUAACAAAAAAACUUAUAAUUUAAGCAAAAUAAACAGUGAUAGUGAUAUUCAACAUUUUUAUACAAUUUAUUAUUCUGUUAAUAAAAGUCUUCAAUUAAAAGCAAAACGAAAUUAAAAAAAUCAAACUUAAAUCAAGACAACGAGUAGAAAAAAAAAAACAUGACGGCUGAGACACUUAAACCAUUCAUAACACCCACAAGUGCUGAAAACUAUGUGACAACAGAUUCAAGUGCAUCAGCUUCACAUCAUCGUCGUAGUUGUUAUUUCCUUGCAAUUACCGCAAGUGUGAUUACAGUUAUUUUAACAGCAGCAUUGUUGGGUAUUACGAUAUGGAAUACAACUCGCAUUUCAAAUUUGCAAACAGAAGUUCAAAGUUUAAAUAGAGUUAUCGACAAUUUACACAAACGUUUGGGUCUCACAUAUCUGGACGACUUAAAUGAUUUCGAAAAAGAAGAGGAGAAUAACAAUGCUCUAAUUGAUGAUGUACUUCCCGAUGCAGACGACGACGACGAUGAUAAUGACCAUGAAAAUAUGAGUGGAGAUGAUGAUGAAGACGAGGAUGAUGACGAUGAUGAUUACGAAGAUUAUGAAGAGCUUAUGAAUAAAUUUCGACACUAUCAAGAAACUGAAGAUGACGAAGAAGAAACCGAUGGCGUUGACUCCUUGGGCGAUGAUAAUUUAUAUGAUGAUUUUGAAAAAUUCAACGAUUCCAAAAAUAAACAUCAAGGUGAAAGAAAAGCCAGAUCGGUGAGCGUGUACGAUAACGAAAAUUUUGAAGAAAAUAGUUCCCACCAACGUCAACAUAUUUUAAGAUCUUUGAAAGGUAGUUACCCUAAAUCGAUAGUGGCUAGUGAAAAUUUCGAAAGACACCGCAGUCCUCUCAGAAUUCACAACCAUCGCAAACGCAAAUUUCCUUUAUUGAAAAAUGCUAAACAUGUAACACCAACAACGGCUAAUGUAUUGGAAUUUAAACCGGCAGCACAUUUUCAUAUAAAUCACACAAUACCCUACCACCAGCAUGAUGUACAAAUAACUAACCAAAAGGGUGAUGUUUAUAUUGGAAAACCCAGUGCCAGUAAUGAAUUGAAUAUUGAGCACUUUUUUAAGGUUGAAAACGGUGUUAUAACAGUACGACAGCCCGGCCUUUAUUUUGUUUACGCUCAAAUUUGCUAUAGAAAUAAUUACCCGCAAAAUGGUUUCUCUAUAUUCCAUAGAGAAAAACCAUUUCUGCAAUGUUUGCAAAACACCUUUAGCAACAAUGUUCCACUUAUCAAUACGUGUCACACAAGUGGUCUUAUCAAUCUGGAGAACGAUGAUCAGCUUCAUAUUCGUGAUUUUUAUUCGAGUCGCAAUACAUAUUUAAGUCCUAAAAGUGAACGAAGUUUUUUCGGUUUAAUUAAAAUCUAAUAAGUUAUAAAUAAGAGUAAUUAAAAAUAAAACGCAAAAAAUUAUGAUAA